AGCGCCGGACACGGAGGUCAACCCUAACCAGGCAGUCUGGGGUCUUGGUACCCGGCUUUCGGCAUGUCGGCGAGCCGGAGGCACGUGUUUGUUGAAAAAGUGCUGAAGAGACUUUUUCCCAGUGUUCCAAAUGGCCAAGAAAAGAAGGCACUCCAGAUACCUCCAGCCUCUGAAAAAUCACCCAAGAAAGUGAACUCUGCAAAAGUGAAACAAAAGUGUGUUCCGCCUUUGCCAGAUGGUGACACUAAAAUCCAGUCUGAAAGACGGCUGUACACCGUAAGUUUACCCCCUGAGGGGUAUAUUCCCUUUUUGCCAGAUCCAGACAGCUGUAUGAAUUCUGAAAACGCCUCCAGUGGUGAUGAUGCAGAAGGUCAGGAUCCUCAUGAUCAACCAAAGAGAAAAAGAAUUAGAAAGCACAAAUCAAAGAAAAAUUUUAAGAGUCCCAAUAACAUCCAUGUUGAACAAGCAAAAUUAGAGAAACAGCAGAGUCUUUUACAGGAAAAAUUACAGCCACAGUGCACAGAUGGCCCCACAAUAAGCAAAAACAAAAAAAGGAAGCUGAAAAAGAAACAGCAAAUUAGAAGGAAGAAAGCAGCUGGCUUAGUAUCAAAGGCCUCUGGAAUCAGCUUCAUGUACCAGCCUGAGGAGAGCAAUAGUGAACAAGGAAAUAUAAGAGGUUCUGACUGGGAAGAAGUUACAGACACUAACAAGGAAGAUGUCACAGACGCCAGCGAGGAAGAUGUCACAGAUGCCCACGAGGAAGAUGUUAGAAUUACCAGUGAAAAGGCAGACAGUUUUCUAAACUUUCUGAAGUCAACACAAGAAAUUUAUUUAUAUGAAGGUAACUCCAAAGACACAGACUCAGCCAUCUGCCUGGAGGCCACUGGAGAGCUGUUUCACCGUCUUGAGUCCCACAGCUUGCCUCCCUCAGAUGUGUUCAUUCUGGACCACAUGAAAAUGCUAUUACUUUUCCAGGAUAUUGAGAGGUUGAAGGAUGCUCUGGCAAUGUUCCCAGAACAUUGCACGAUGCCUCCUGACCAGGCCAGAGUAAUCUCAACUUUCUUUAAUUACUGGAUCACACAUAUCCUUCCUGAGAAAAACAAAUGUGUCGCUGAGAUUUGGAACAGGAAGGUACAGAGACGGCGGGGUCGGACCCACCUGGGAUUAAAUGUUGACUCUCAGUAACCAGCUCAUCUCUCUGAGCUUUGGCUUCUUGGUCUAUGAAGCCAGACAAGAAGGAUCUACCGUGGGAGACUGUAGUGAUGGAAUACACAGGACUUCAUGCCGGGCUUCCACACGUAUACCUUUAACCUGCACAAAUUCAACUCUGUGCUCCCAGCACAAAGAGACAAUAUUUGAAGACUGCUGUGUGUCAGAGUCUCCUGAGUGCCAUAAACAUCCAUAUUCUUCUGAAAAAGACCACCGAAGUCUGUCUACUCCUCCAUGAAGUGUGCAGGACAUGGUGGAUCACUCCUAAGAGAGCGGGUGUUUGUCUUCCCCAUCCUGGACUGAUUCUCAGGUUCAUCAGCUCCUGUGGCCCUGACUCAUGGUGACCACAGCCAUCCCUGCGUCCCCAGCCCGCACUCCCCCAAUGGACGUGAUCCAGCCACGUCUCCUCCUCCCAACCUUGGCAGCUGCUCUUCCCAGACCCUGACAUGGAUCCUGGGAAUGUCUUCCCGACAGGUACCAGCUUG